AUGUUCACUGGAGCUACUACUGCUCUCUGCCCUCCUGAUAGUUUUUUCUCUACUCAGGUCGAGGGACAGACAGGGAAGACUGCGAGUUUCGCGGAUAUUCUGCAGCAGAGUACCGCCGCGGCUGCAGGACUGCAAAGCGCUGGUAUAAAUGCAGGAGAAUGCGUAGUGUUGUGCUGUGACAAGAGCAUAUUGUCAUACUCGCUACUGCUGGGCGUCAUGUUCACUGGAGCUAUUACUGCUCUCUGCCCUCCUGAUAGUUUGUUCUCUACUCAGGUCGAGGGACAGACAGGGAUGACUGCGAGUUUCGCGGAUAUUCUAUCACUAACGCUUUCUAUGGUGACGUCGAUUCCGGAUGCAGACAUCAUCGACAAGUUGAGUCAGGGUCACACUGUGAAAGCGGUGUUCUGCAGCAGUGUGUACAUGGACUCCGUGCAGAAGUGUGUGAGCAGGAUGAGUCCUCCGCCGCUACUGGGUACGGUCGACAUCGAGGACCCGGUCCUCAAGCCCAUCCUGACAAGUCGUGGCGAGUUUUCUCUGUACCGGGUCAAUGAUGUCUACAAACACACUGCUGUGAUACUGUUCUCCAGCGGCACCACGGGAGUACCCAAGGGCAUCGAGAUCACAGAUGUUGCGGUCCAGUGGAGUGGAAUUAAUUUUGACUAUCCCUUCAAAUCUUUUCUGGUCGCCUUUCCGUUUUUCUGGUACAGUGCGAUUUUCACGUUCGUCUCUGCAUGUUACAAUAAGUAUCCGCUCAUCAUGAACAAUAUCCCAGAAGUUACAGAGAAUUUGCGACUUACAGCCAAGUACCAGAUACAAGGCUGGUUUCUAAGUACGGGUAGUAUGUCCCGAUACACGAAUGAACCAGAUCUGCACAAGUUUGACGUGUCUUCAGUGGAAAGAGUAUUUGUCGCUGGAGAGAACAUCCUGAGCUGUGUGGCUGAAGACUUCUGCUCAAAACAGGUGAUAUAGUCGAGUCAUUUACAAGAACUUAAUUUCUAUACAUCAUAGUAGCUUGACUUGUGUUUGUAACGUGACCACGUGACCAGCUGGAGAGAACAUCCUGAGCUGUGUGGCUGAAGACUUCUGCUCAAAACAGGUGAUAUAGUCGAGUCAUUUACAAGAACUUAAUUUCUAUACAUCAUAGUAGCUUGACUUGUGUUUGUAACGUGACCACGUGACCAGCUGGAGAGAACAUCCUGAGCUGUGUGGCUGAAGACUUCUGCUCAAAACAGGUGAUAUAGUCGAGUCAUUUACAAGAACUUAAUUUCUAUACAUCAUAGUAGCUUGACUUGUGUUUGUAACGUGACCACGUGACCAGCUGGAGAGAACAUCCUGAGCUGUGUGGCUGAAGACUUCUGCUCAAAACAGGUGAUAUAGUCGAGUCAUUUACAAGAACUUAAUUUCUAUACAUCAUAGUAGCUUGACUUGUGUUUGAAACUACUGAAACUCGAGAGUAUAUACGUCAAGUUAGGGGCCUGUGGACG